AUGGAAGGGGAAGAUCCUUGGAGCAUGCUAAAAUGCGCUGGUGGGGUACAAAAUAAGACGAUAACCAACAGGACAAUGCUCAGAUUCCGGCCGAUUGCUCCCAAACCGGUGACCGGAGACUCAGUUUCCAGGGACUCUAUGUUUAGUAACAAAAACUUGGUUGUUGCUAGCAAGAGAGCAAAAAGAAAAUACGUUAGGUUGAUACCAGAGGAAGCUGAUCUAGAGAAAUCGAUGGUUGGUGAAGGGUCAUUAGGUGUUGUUGAUGAUCUCAAUCCAACGGUAGGUAAUAAUUAUUAUUUUCAGGAACAGGAAUCACCAUCGAUGUGCUUGAAGUUGAAGAAAGUGGUUGCAGAUGACGUGGCGAUGAUGGGGUUGUCGGAUCAGACGGCGUUGGUAACAUCCCCCAGGAAGAGGACGACGGUGAUGGAAUCGUGGGUGAAGGUGGAGAGCGUGACGGACACUUGCAUGGACGAAGGAGAGAUGAGGAACUGUACAGACUUUGAGAAAAUGAAGAAUCUUGAGAAGGACACGUGUCCUGGGUUUGUAUCAGAUACGUUGAACCGGGUUUUCUGGGUGAACCAAGCCUUUAAAAACAUGGUGGGCGUGGACGCUGAAGGGGUUGAAACCGCCAUAGGCUUGGUGGUAAAAGACGGGUUCAUGUUCCCACAUGGUGCAUUUUCAUGCCGCGUAGGGUUACAGUACGGCGAUGGAAAGGAUAAGAGCAGGAAACACUCAACAAUGGUUCCUUGCGAUGUGUGGAAGAUGAGCUGCGGUGGAUUUGCGUGGAGGCUCGAUGUCAAGGCUGCACUCAGUUUGGGACUCUAA